AUGGUGAGCGAAGCCCCUUCUUGCUGUCCACGCCCGUCCUGGAACAACGCGGUGAAUGUCGAGCCGCUUGCGGAAGACGGAUAUGCAAACUCUCAGCUGGACCCCUUACCAAGGGAACUCCCCUUCCGCAUCGUAUCCAAGACUGUUGGUCGAGGGGCCUAUGCCUCCAUCAAGAAGGCCAUCCCCUUGGACGCCACCAAUCCCGUAUUUGCCGUCAAGCUCAUCCACAAGGGCUACGCCGUCAAACAUGGCCGCAUUUCAACGAAGCAGCUUGCCAUGGAAGUUUCCCUGCACUCACACAUCGGUCAACACCCCAACAUCAUCGAGUGGUUUGCCUCAGGAGAGGACGACGUGUGGCGUUGGAUAGCAAUGGAAUUCGCAGAAGGGGGGGACCUCUUUGACAAGAUUGAAGCCGAUGUCGGAGUUCGACAAGACAUCGCCCAACUCUACUUUAUCCAGCUUGUCAGCGGGGUGAGUUUUAUGCACUCCAAGGGCGUGGCUCAUCGAGACCUGAAGCCAGAGAAUAUCCUGCUCUCCUCGGAUGGCAACCUGAAGCUUGCGGAUUUUGGCAUGGCAACCAUGUUCGAAUACAAGGGCCAGAGAAAGACAAGCUCCACCUUGUGUGGAAGUCCACCAUAUAUUGCACCCGAGAUCUUGGCCUGCGGCAGGGUCGAUAAGAGAAACCCCAGCGCUGGGAAGUACUCCUCCGACCUGGUGGAUGUUUGGUCUUGUGGUGUCAUCCUCUUUGUUCUCCUUGUGGGAAAUACCCCCUGGGACGAGCCAUCGUCGAAUAGCUGGGAGUUCAACGAGUACGUCAAGACGUCAGGUCACAGUUCGGAUGCUCUCUGGGAGAGGAUACCACCAGAGGCUUUGUCACUUUUGCGCGGGAUGAUGUCAAUCGACCCCCAGAAACGAUUUAGUUUCCGACAAGUACGGCAACAUCCUUGGUAUACACGGCAUAAUUCUCUUUUAACUCCCGAUGGCAAAAUCACCGACCCUAUCAAUCUCGCCACGCGGAUGCUGGAGAAUCUUCGCAUCGACCUUGCCCAGCUGCCGUCGGCAUCGCAACGGCAAUGCCAAGCUGGCGGGGACGAAAUGGAUGUUGACACGGGCCUCAACAGUGGCAAAUUUGUCUCAACACAGCCUGAGACACCCAUCAGCGAUAGAGAUUGGGACUGGGAACGGCCCGUCUUGCGAUCCAUGGCCUCACCGGCCUCAUCGAUGCCUCCCCGAUCUGGCGAAAGUCGCCGCAUGCUUCUCGAAACGCUUGCAGACGAACCCUCCAUGUCGCAAUUCUCCCACACGCCAGGUCCGUCGAUGACACUGACUCAGCAGGCGCGUCGAUUCCGUGACAUUUGCCCCCCUGAGUCCUUCACACGGUUCUUCUCCCAUGUUCCUCCCACACAUUUGGUCCAGAUGCUCAGUGAUGCUCUCCAUCAGUUAAAUGUGCCCCUUGCACCAGUCACGCCAAACCUGUAUGGCAGUCCCGUGGCAAACCUGAAAGUAAAGGCUAUCGACGGCAGGCAACAGAGCUUGCAUGGGGAGAUACAAAUUGACAAGCAGCCACUGCCUGAUGGAGGCGAGGUCCUAGACGUGCGCUUUGUCAAAGUCAAGGGAGAUCCUCUCGAAUGGCGUCGAUUCUUCAAGAAGAUGGUGGUCCUGUGUAAAGAUGGCGUAUACGUUCCAGAGACUUAG